GAAUUGUUGGCUACUUGAUUUGAGGCAUCGCAUUGAACUCCGAAAACCGGCGAACAGAAAGUUGCAGUUUUUCCGGCGAAGAGGAACUGAGAAAACUCCGGCGAGAUACCAACCUUCGCGAUGGAUGGGAAUAAACCAAAGGACGUAGUCUCGAGGAAGAAGCAUACGCAGGAAGGCCCCGAGAAGGACAAGGGGGAACUCAGAGUAUCCCCGAGGAGGAAACUCCCUCCGACAAAGCCGCCGGAGGAAUUGGGCAGUACAAGUGUUGCUCCGACUGAAGAUCUUAUAGUUGAAGAGUUACCACCAAGACUCUUUGCUCUAGACCGGUACCCUUCGAAGACGAAGAUGAACGCGUACUCCAAACCGGAGUACAUUUCUGACAUAGCGGAAGUUCUUAAGGGAAAAGCUGAGAUGCAGAUGCUUCUCGACUCUCCAUUUGGGUACCUUUUUGGAAUACCUGCUAACAAGUGUUCCUUCUCAGGUAAGCUUGUGCUUGGAUUAAUAUGCCGUCAGUUAGUGACAAAGAAAGUGAAUGAGAUGUGGAUGGUUUUCGGCGGUCAUCCAAUCAAAUUUGGACUAAGAGAAUUUAGUAUUGUAACUGGGCUGGAAUGUGGGCUGUAUCCCAAGAAGAAAGAAGUGGAGGCUGUGCUAAAGGUUAAACCUGGGUGUAAAAAAGUCUGGGAUGCUCUGUUUGUGGACAGGUUUGGGGAGAAUGCGACUCCAUUAGUGCAUGAUUUGGUGGCCUGGCUGAAGGAGGAUAAAUCCAUGGAUGGGUGGAAGCAACUGGCUCUAUCACUUAUAAUCCUGGUAGAUGGUGUGAUAGCCUGCGGUAAAAACCCCAUCAGGCCUCAAGAUACGACUGUCGAGAUGACGAAGAACGUGAAGUUCUUCUUGAAAUACCCAUGGGGAAGGCUGUCUUUUACCCGUACUUUGGAGAGGAUAGCAAACUUCCAAACCCCUUCAGAUGUUAAAAAACUGAUAAGGUGUGUAAAGGAUGGGUCUUAUGCACUACAAGGAUUCCCAUUAGCACUCCAGCUCUUUGCGUUUGAAACAAUCCCAUCCCUUGCUAAGCUAGCACCUGAUGACGAAGCGAACAGGACAUUUACUCAGAGGUCUAUCCAUCAUCUUGCCUCACUGCGGCCAAUCAGGACAUCCAGCAUCUUGGCCUGUGAGGCUGCUGAAGAGGUUGAGGUAACCUAUCUUGUGAAACCAGAUGACAAUAUUUGCCCUCCAUCCCUGUCAUGGGAUGAUGAAGUUGAGGAUCCAAGAGUUGCUUACAUUGAGCGACUGAUGUUAGCUGGUCAUGAGUGGCAGGAGGAAGAAUGGGUUGGAGGUUCAGCUGCAUUCCCAAAGCAGGAGCGCCCACCACAACUAGGAGAGAUACAUGCGAAGAAGAGGAAAAGAAAUGUACGAGGCCCGAAUGCACCUGUUUUGAAAAAACAGAAAUCUGUUGUGGAAGAUGAAAAUGAGGAAACUGCUGAGGAUUGUUCUGAAGAUCCCCAGUUUGAGAAGUUUGUAGUCGAACUUAGGAGGUGUUUCAGGAGGCAGGAAGCACAAAAUAAACAAAUGCAAGAAGACUUGAAGAACUUUGUCCGUCAAGAGAUACGUGCUGCCCGUGAUCCAAAGGGCAAAAAGACAGAACCAACCCAAACUUCCCAUGCUUCACCCAGCCCAACUAAAUCGGUGGUUAAGGCACCGAUUACUGUGAAGAAGGCAUCUAAAAGGAUGUCUACAAAGAAAGUCUUCAAGUCUGGAACAAGAAAGUCUUCAAGGCUGAAUAAUAUAAUGACGUCAGCUGUGCAGAUUACUGAGCUUUCUGAUGUUAACUCGUCCUCUGAGGAAGAUGACCAGGUUGAAGCCAACAAUGAAGGUGGUUUUACUGCAAAUGCUGGACACGAUUUUUCUAACAGAGACGAAGAUAUGGUUGAGACUGGAGUACCUAACAUUUCAGUUGGUGGACCUACACCUUCCCAUCAGGAUGAAGGAGCAGGUGAUGGUGGUGAGUCUGUCCUUGUUGGUACACAGUCAGGGACCGAGGAAAAAGCUAGUGCUGACACAGAGAUGGAAGAAAUUCCAUCUCCUGUACCUUCAACCUCUGCACAGGAUAAAGGACCAAUUGAUGGUGGUGAGCCUGUCGUAGUUGGUACACAGUCAGGGACAGAUGGAAAAGCAACUGCUGACACAGAGAUGGUAGAAAAUCCAUCUGGUUUACCUGCAACAUCUGGACAGUCAAAUGCCAUGGACAAGUAUCAUCAACGCAAACCAUCUCCAAUCUUUCCCGUCGGUCCUCCGACCACUGUCAUCCCGGAGAUUCUUUCCUUUGACCAACCAAAACAAGACGUUGACCUAGAUCUCUCUGACCAAGCUCGACUCUUUGCUUCUGUCCCAAUCUCCACCCUCCUCCGCUCAACCGCAGUUCUUCAUGCUACGUCCAUAGGCCCUAUGGUAGAUCUUGGCUCAUGGCUCAUGAGUUCAAAGCUCAUGGACACGACCGUUACACGCGAUCUAAUACUCCGUGUCGUGAAAGGAACGUUUUAUGACCAUUUCUGCGCCGGUGAAGAUGCGGCUGCCGCAGCAAGGCGCGUGAGUAGCGUUUAUGAGUCUACAGGACUUAAAGGUAUGUUGGUAUAUGGCGUUGAACAUGCCGAAGACAGUGGCGCGUGUGAUGAAAACAUUCAGAAAUUCAUUGAAACCGUCGAAGCUGCUAAAACCCUACCUACGUCUCACUUAAGCUCAGUGGUGAUCAAAAUCACAGCGACUUGUCCAAUGAAUCUCCUGAAACGAGUUAGUGAUUUGCUCCGGUGGCAAUACAAGAAGCCUAAUUUCAAACUUCCAUGGAAACUCAAUUCAUUUCCGGUUUUCUCCGGUUUAAGUCCUCUCUACCACACAACUUCUGAACCGGAACCAUUAACCGUAGAGGAAGAACGAGAGCUAGAAAAAGCUCAUGAACGCCUCAAAUCCGUCUGUAAAAGAUGUCAAGAAUCGAACGUACCGUUACUAAUCGAUGCGGAAGACACAAUUCUCCAACCGGCGAUUGAUUACAUGGCUUAUUGGUCGGCGAUUAUGUUCAAUUCUGACAAAGACCGACCUAUAGUUUACAACACGAUUCAAGCCUACUUGAAAGAUGCAGGAGAGAGAUUGCAUUUGUCUUUACGAGAAUCGGAGAAAAUGAAUGUUCCUAUUGGGUUUAAAUUGGUGAGAGGUGCUUAUAUGUCUAGUGAAGCUAGGUUAGCAGAUUCCUUGGGUCACAAGUCACCGGUCCAUGACACAAUUCAAGAUACACACGAUUGCUACAAUGACUGUAUGAGUUUCCUUAUGGAGAAAGCCUCUAAUGGAUCAGGCAUUGCGGUCAUUCUAGCGACGCAUAACACCGACUCCGGUAAACUAGGGGCAAGGAAAGCAAGUGAGCUAGGUUUCGAUAAAGAAAACGGGAAGAUCGAGUUUGCACAGCUCUACGGAAUGUCGGAUGCAUUAUCUUUCGGAUUGAAAAGGGCCGGUUUCAAUGUGAGCAAGUACAUGCCAUACGGGCCGGUUGAUACUGCGGUUCCAUACCUUAUCCGGCGGGCAUAUGAGAACCGUGGUAUGAUGUCUACAGGUGCUCUAGACCGCCAACUUAUGAGGAAGGAGCUUAAGAGAAGAGUUAUGGGUUGGUGAUUGGCAACAAGUGGACCUUCUGAAACCUUUGGGAUCAAAUGCUUAGCUAGCAGAACAGAGUUUGAGUUAAAGAAUGUUUAGGUAAAGCUGUAUAUAUAUCAAGUUUCCGCGAUGGCAACUUUAUUCGACAUAUUAAGCAAUCUUACUUGGGUUUUGAAGUAAUCAGUGUAAGCUCAUGUUGUUAAAGCAGUAACUCUCAAUACCUCUCCUGAGUCCUGACCUUAGAGAUCCCUUUCUUUGUGGAGAAUCAAGAUACCUCAAUAGAAAGCAAAACUUACC